AUGUCGUAUACUUCUAGCUGGCCUGUGUUCACAGAGUGCGAUCCAUGCACCAAGUUUUGGAAUAGGAAUGAAGGUCUAGUUGACCAGAAUAUUUUAAUGACUGAAGAACUAAUGAAAACAGACCAGAAGAACAUCAUCAUAAAAGAACGAAUAUAUAUCCUAACCAAUAAGGGCUACUUUUACUAUUAAAAACAGAAUACGUUGAGAUGGGUGCAAUUGAAUACGCAGAUGAGUGUUAAACUCAUAGAAUUAAAGCUACCUCAAAGAGAACAUGAUGUAGUAAAGGUGAUUAGAAUAAAGAGAAAUCAGAGAGUCUACGCAUGUUUUUGGAAUUCAGAUUUUUAGAAGACAUUCUAAUAUUUUAAGAGAAUAGCUGGAUUUUGUGUGUGUUAGAAUUUCGAACAACUCUACACAUUCUAAGAUCUACUGGGAAAAGGGGGAUAUUCUAAAGUGUAUCAACUCUGUCCAGUGAAUAGACUACCUUAUCAGUAGUAGUAUUACGCUGGGAAAGUAUAUAAUAAAGUUGAAGUAAAUUCGAAAAAGAACCUCAUUUAAAUAUCACAUUUAAUAAGAUAGGAAUGCGAAAUCCUCAAAAAGUUAAAUUCUCCAUUCAUUAUUAACUUAUUCGAAAUCAUUCAAUUAGAUGAACAACUAAUUCUGAUAACAGAACUACUAAGGAGCGGAUCCUUGUAUUAAUUGCUUAAGGAGAAAGUUCGAAUACAGGAAGUCGAAGCCAAUGGAAUCAUAUUGAGAAUCGCUUUAGGAUUGCAAUGUCUUCACAGCUUAGGGUAUGUUCAUAGAGAUAUUAAACUUGAGAAUGUGUUGCUGGAUAAGGAUUAGAUCAAAAUAAUUGAUUUUGGAUUUGCAGAACAAAUAAAUAGAGAGGUACUCACUUCAGGAUAAGGAACCAUUGGUUACAUGGCUCCAGAAAUCUUCUAGGAUCAACCAUACACUGAAGUAGGAGAUGUUUUCAGUUUGGGAGUGGUUUAUUACUUAUUGCUGACUGGCAAAUCUCCAUUCAGAGGACACAAUCAGGAGAACAUUAUGAGAGCAAAUAAAUUAUGCGAAAUUGAUUUUAGUGAGUAUUGUUUUGUGAAUGUGAGUCAAAAGGUCAUCGCUCUAGUCAAGGCAAUGCUCUAAAAAAACCCCAAGCAUAGGAUCAACUUAAAUGAAGUCAUCCAAUCUUUGAGAGCUCUGAAUCCUAUCAUAGAUUACGCUUAUCGAACAAAUUCAGUUGAUGGCUCUCAGAUGACCAAAUAGGCUGGAAUCAGAUCUCUCUAUUUAUUAAGUCAGAACUCUUAGGAUUCCUUAAGAGGUUAGAAGACUUAGUAGAAUAGAUUGAAUGUUACAGACAAAUUCGUUGUGAAGACAAGUACGUUUCGACCUUCACUUGUCAAUUUAGAUAGCAGUCAUAAUGAGAAUGAAGACUUGGAGGAUAACCAGCUACCAGGAUUUGUUGUGGAAUUCUUGUUUGUUUCUAUGAACAUUAUGAAUAACACUAAAUUUCCAUGA